UAGUGGAACGGUCUUGACUGACAGGCCUUGGCUUAUUCUGACCUAUAGUUUUAUCCUUCUACACCAAGAAAGACUUGUGUUCAGUACUUGAAGGAGCUGGGGAUGCUGGUAGGCUGUCAUUUCCUCAGCCCAGUGUGUGAGCAGGCGGCCCAGAGAUGGAAAACUUCAUUCUUUACGAGGAGAUUGGCAGGGGAAGCAAGACCGUGGUGUAUAAAGGGCGGCGAAAGGGAACCAUCAAUUUCGUAGCUAUUCUGUGUACUGAGAAGUGCAAGAGACCGGAAAUAACCAAUUGGGUUCGUCUCACCCAUGAAAUUAAGCACAAGAAUAUUGUAACUUUCCACGAGUGGUAUGAAACCAGCAAUCAUCUCUGGCUAGUCGUGGAACUGUGCACAGGUGGAUCCUUAGAAAUGGUUAUUGCUCAAGACGAAAACCUCCCAGAAGACGUCGUGAGGGAAUUCGGGGUUGACUUGAUUACCGGAUUACAUCACCUUCAUAAACUUGGGAUUCUUUUUUGCGACAUCUCUCCCGGGAAGAUCCUAUUGGAAGGGCCCGGCACAUUGAAAUUCAGCAAUUUCUGCUUGGCGAAGGUGGAAGGUGAAAAUUUGGAAGAGUUCUUUGCUUUGGUGACAGCAGACGAGGGAGGCGGAGACAGCGGGGACAGCGGACUGAAGAAGAGUAUGCACAGCAGAUUGAAAGGAUGUCUGGUGUAUACGGCACCGGAAGUCCUGAGGGGCGCCGACUUCUCCAUCACCAGUGACCUCUGGUCUUUGGGCUGUCUGCUUUAUGAAAUGUUUUCAGGGAAGCCUCCAUUUUUCUCAGAACAUUUUUCAGGAUCAGUUGAACAGAUUUUACGUCAAGAUCCUUCACCACCUGCUCCAAAAGAUUCUUCUCUUCCUAAAGCUUCUCCAGACUUUAUUAAUUUGCUGGAAGGUUUACUUCAAAAAGAUCCUCAGAAAAGAUUGUCGUGGCCCGGCCUGCUCCAGCAUUCAUUUUGGAAGGAUGCUUUCACUAGAAAAGACCGGGACUCCACCAGUGCCGAGGAUUCCAGCUUCAGCAGAAAUGGGACGGACUCUUCGGGACUACUGGAUUCCAAGGAGCUUUUGAAGAACCCUCAGAGUGGACAAGGCAAAGGGCCCAGGAGUGUUCAGCGGCUAAGUCGCUCCUUUAGACUAGAAAACCCAACCAAAUUGAAGCCUAAGAGUACCUGUGAGGGUCAACUGAAUGAAUCCAUGUUUCUUCUCAGUUCUCGUCCUACCCCAAGAACAAGCACAGCAGUGGACAUAACUCCUGGGGAAGAUCUGAUGCAGGGCUCACCACAGAAGGCGUCUCCUCUGAUGAAGAUUACAAAUAGACCCCUGAGUCAGCAUGACCUGGAAUCCCAGAUGAGAGGGCUUAUCUACACAGAUUCCGAUCUGGUCGUCACCCCAAUCAUCGACAAUCCAAAGAUAAUGAAACAACCACCAAUAAAAUUCGAUCCCAAGAUAUUACAUCUGCCAGCAUAUUCAGUGGAUAAAUUGGUGUUUCUGAAAGACCAAGACUGGAAUGACUUUUUGCAACAGCUGUGCGCACAGAUAGACUCCAGUGAGAAGAGCACUGGGGCCUCCCGAGCCAAGCUCAACCUCCUGUGCUACCUGUGCGUGGUGGCCAGUCACAAGGAGGUGGCCAGCCGGCUCUUCCACUCCCCGCUGUUCCAACUGUUAAUCCAGCACUUGCGGAUUGCCCCAAACUGGGACAUACGUGCCAAGGUCGCCCGGGUGAUUGGAUUACUGGCCUCACACACAAUUGAGCUCCAGGAAAAUACACCUGUUACUGAGGCAAUUACUCUCUUAACGGAAUUAAUUAGAGAAAACUUCAGGAACAGCAAACUGAAGCAGUGCCUCCUACCAGCCCUCGGGGAGCUCAUCUAUCUGGUAGCCUCCCAGGAAGAGAGAAAAAAGAACCCGAGAGAAUGCUGGGCCGUCCCCUUGGCUGCGUACACCGUGCUAAUGAGGUGCCUCCGGGAAGGGGAAGAGCGCGUUGUGAAUCACAUGGCAGCUAAGAUCGUCGAGAACGUCUGCACCACGUCCUCGGCGCAGGCCCAGGGCUUCAUUACCGGGGAAGUCGGGCCCAUCUUAUGGUUUCUCUUCAAGCACUCCACGGUUGAUGCGCUUAGGAUCACAGCAAUCUCGGCCUUGUGCAGAAUCACUCGCCACUCUCCGGCCGCCUUCCAGAACGUGAUUGAGAAGGUGGGCUUGACCAUGGUGCUAAGUUCCCUGGCCUCUGCCAUCUGCAAAGUCCAGCAGUACAUGUUGACCUUAUUCACUGCGAUGCUGUCCUGUGGGAUCCAUCUUCAGAGACUCAUCCAAGAAAAGGACUUUGUCUCCACAAUCAUCCGGUUGUUGGACAGCCCCUCGACAUGCAUUCGAGCAAAAGCCUUCCUGGUUCUUUUAUAUAUUUUGAUCCAUAACCGUGAGAUGUUACUGCUCAGCUGCCAAGCAAGACUGGUGAUGUACAUUGAGCGAGACAGCAGGAAGACCUCCCCAGGCAAGGAGCAGCAGGGCGGCAACGCGUACCUGUCCCAGUGCCUGGACCUCCUCAUCCGCCACAUCGCGCAGGGACUGCCACGCAUCCUGGGUGACAUUCUGAACGCCCUGGCGAGUGUUUCUGGCCGCAAGCACCCGUCAACAGUGCAAGUGAAGCAGCUGAAGCUCUGCCUCCCCCUGAUGCCUAUUGUGCUUCACCUGGUGACUUCUCAGGUAUUUCGACCGCAGGUUGUCACGGAGGAGUUCCUCUUCAGUUACGGAACUAUUCUCAGUCAUAUUAAAUCAGUAGACUCAGGAGAAACUAACAUAGAUGGAGCCAUAGGACUCACGGCAUCAGAAGAAUUUAUCAAGAUCACGUUGUCAGCCUUCGAAGCAAUAAUACAGUAUCCCAUUUUAUUGAAAGACUAUCGCUCUACGGUUGUUGAGUAUAUCCUGCCUCCUCUGGUGUCCCUGGUUCAAAGCCCAAAUGUGGAGUGGAGGCUCUUCAGCUUGCGCUUGCUGUCAGAAACCACAUCUCUACUCGUGAACGAGGAGGUUGAGGACGGAAAGGAGGCGAACCUUGAUUCCGACAGCAAUCUUCUGGCUCUCAUUAGAGACGUCUUACUCCCCCAAUACGAGCACGUUCUGACGGAGCCGGACCCGGUGCCCGCGUACGCCCUGAAGCUGCUGGUCGCCAUGACGGAGCACAACCCAACCUUUACCAGACUUGUGGAAGAAAGCAAGCUGAUCCCACUCAUUUUUGAAGUCAUUCUGGAGCAUCAGGAGAGCAUUCUGGGUAACACCAUGCAAAGUGUGAUUGCAUUGCUCAACAAUUUGGUUGCCUGCAAAGAUUCGAAUAUGAAGCUACUUUAUGAACAAGGCCUCGUUGGUCAUGUCUGUAACCUGUUAACGGAAACUGCCACGCUGUGCUUGGAUGUGGACAGUAAAAGCAACAACGAGACGGCGGCCGCCCUGCUGUUUUCCCUGCUGGACAUUCUGCACGGCAUGCUGGCCUACACCUCCAGCAUUGUACGGCAGGCUCUGCAGGCACAGAAGUCCGGCUCUGGAAGAGACACGCAGGCUGCGGAAGACCUGCUGCUGCUCGGCAAACCUCUGACGAAACUCGUCAGCCUGCUCAUCCCACUGCUGCCUCAUGAAGAUCCUGAAGUUUUUGAGGUGUCAUCCAAGUGCCUGUCCAUACUGGUUCAGCUGUACGGAGGGGAGACCCUAGAUAGCCUGUCUCCUGACAAUGCCGAAAGCUUUGCUGAGCUGCUCACAUUGAAGAAGGACCCCAGGGAACAGAAGCUUCUGUUGCGAAUUCUCAGGAGACUGGUCACUUCUAACGACAAGCUCCUAGAGAGCCUCAAGCAUGCAGGCGGGCUCCUGCGGGCCCUGGAGCAGCUGGGCACAGCAGCCACAGAGUCGGCCGACCAUGCAGUCGCCUCCUUGGCCUUGGAAAUCCUUCAUGCCGUGGGGCACCAAGGGAGAAGGCAGUAGGCACAGACUCACCCUGCAAGCCGUAACCCCCCAGCACUGGUGAAGCUGGCUCCGAACCUCGGCUGUAUUCUGGACUCUUAAUAAAGUCUGCUGACCCAGAA